CAUCUGAAAUGACAGGAAAAAUAACAGUCCUACCAGUAUUUAUGCUGUGUACCUUCUGUCCUGUCGUUUGCUCUCUUCCAAAGUUUCUCGAAAUAUUCGGAAGACAAAGUAGAAAUCAAGGAUUGCAAUCUUCAGACGUCUCUCGCAUUCAAAGAUACAUGAUAGAUAGAUCUGAUUUGCCCAUUUCUACAGCUGAGCGAAGCGAACCUAGAGACAUUAUACGGCAAUCAGAACCGUUUUCAACAGACAUUGAACUGCCAUGGCAAUGUGCUUCUGAAUAUUAUUGGCGGGAUUUAGGAGAAAUGCACUUUCCAAGACAUUUAAAGGAAGUCAGAUGUUUAAAUGCAACCUGUUGGUAUGGGCAUUAUCGUUGUACUCCUGCCAAGUAUACAGCUAUGAUUCUUACUCGCAGUGUAGAAGGCGAUGAAGAUGGAAACGUUCCAUACUCCCUUCGGCGGCAAUGGAGGUUUGUAAAUUUGGAUAUUACUGUUGGAUGUAUGUGCUCGAGGUAGAAAAACUGACGGAUGUAGUUCUCUAAAUUCUCUCAUCAUGUCAUAUUUAUAUUCAUUUUUAAAUAACCUUUUUUAAGGUAUGGAAUAGAUAUUGUAAUUAUAAGCUAAAAGAAAACACAUUGAUUGCGUAUAUUAAAUUCUUUAUUUUUUUAGAUAUAUUUUCUUAAGAAAAUUGCACAUAUUAUUAAAAGAAUAGCAUUUUCUGUGGA